AUGCAAUUCUACACGCCGUCCGAUUUUCCCGUCGAUCCGUUCCUCAAUAGUUCGCACGGAUUUCUGGAGCCACCGUCGAGCAACGAGAGUGUCGAAAAGCGGGAGACAACAGCAGAGGCCGAGCCAGAAUCAGAGUCAGACCCGCCGCAGACGGAAGCGGCGCAAGAGGAGCCGGAGCCAGAGGGGGAAGAGGAGGAGUCUGGCAAAGAGAACGUUCCCGGACCGUCUCGAGAUCCUUCUCCACCCCAAGCGGAGCUGCGCCAAAGUGCAAAACCCGGCGUGUUCAAUAGUGAGUUGGGAGACUUUUGAAAUUUGAAAUCACAACUUUUGUAUGGUCUCGAAGGACGCCCUUCAAGGUGCCUAUGAUAUCUUAAGAUAAGAGCGGGAAACUUUGAAGAAUGUACGAGCUAUCUCAGCUGCCGUUAAAGAUAUCAAACCGUUGUCAACUGACAAAUUUGUCAUCAAAACAUUGUGCACAUUUUAUCAGUUGACACCUUUUUGAUAUCUCUACAGACCGCUGAGAUCAGGGCUGGGCAAUUGGCCGGCCCGGGAUUUUCGUUGGCCGACCAUUGACCUGGACUUUUGGACCACUUGCAAUAUUCCGAUCGGACCCAAACUUUGCAGGCUUCUUUGACUUGGAUUGAGGGCCACUGGGACCAAGUUUCAGCCCGAUCGGAUCAUCAGGUCCCGAGAUAUGUGGAUCAUUGGCCGAUUUUUUCCAAAAAACCCGGGCUUCCGGCCAAUUUCGGCCAAUGAUCCACAUAUUUCGGGACCGGAUGAUCCGAUCGAGCUGGAACUUGGUCCCAGUAUGCUUCAACCCAUGUCCAAGAAGCCUGCAAAGUUUCGGUCCGAUCGGAAUAUUGCAACUGGUUCAAAAGUCCAGGUGAAUGGUCGGCCAACGAAAAGCCCGGGCCGGCCAAUGUGCCUUUAGGAAACCGAAAUGUUCCAGCGCGGCCGAAAACUCCGAUCCUGAUGCGUAACCAGCUGAUGAAACACCCGAAACUGACGGUCACGCUGUCCAACUCGGCCGUCUGGCACCAGUUCGACGGGCUGCUCAACGAGAUGACGACGUGCAACAAGGGAACGCACAUGUGCCCGCCGCUUCAGUACACGAUCGCGAACCUGGCGCCGCACGCGUUCUACGUGAUCACAAUCUAUCUGAAGUGCCAGUCGGCGUCGCCGUUCAAGUACAUCGAGCGGAAUGCGCAACGCGAAUGGCAGCGGCAACUGAUGAGCAUCGGCGGUCCGAUGAUCACCAACGAGGUGAUUGUGAUGAAAAAGUGCGGAGAGGCGAUGAUGAGGGACGGCAUCCGAGUCGACACGAAACUGUUCAACGUGCCGCUGCUGCACAAUCGACCCGCCAAAAUGCUCACUGCGGAAGAGAUCAAAGAGUGCGAGAAGACGAUGGUGAGUGGAAUAACACACUUUGACACACUUUCACCCUUUUUCAGCUUCACGUUCGCAGUCAGUUCAAGUACGUGCCCGUCGUGAGCAUCUAUCGACAAUUCGACAACCGUUUUGCGAAAGUGCAAUCCGUGUGCUUCACGGAAACCGAAUUCAUCGCCGUCUGUUCUUAUAGGGUGAGUGGAGAUAAUCGGGAAUUUCGGGAAAUCCUCUUUUCCAGAACCCGGCAGUGAAAGCACUCAAGAUGGAACUGAUGAAGAACAGCCGAUCGGAGUACAACAAACGAAGGUUCCCGGUGGCGGUGCUGAAGGCGCCGCCAGCGCCCCUCAUUCGAAGACGUCCGCAGCCGAGCCCACUCAUCGACCUCGGCGAUCUUUUCGGAUUUCUCGACAACUGCGAUUACGGACCCGGACCGUUGGAUCUGAACGACGUGACGUUCAAGAACUCGAUAAAGUGUGCGCUGCAGUACAAGGCUCCGAAAGCCAAAGGACCCCUGGUGCCGGUGUGUGGACGCCGACUGAACUGGACCGAUUUUGUGUACGUCGAGUCUUCGGAGCCGAGUCUGGAGUCUUCUGGAGCCGUCGUUCGGACGGACGAAGAGUCGCCCGAAAUGAUUGAACUGUCGUUGGAUCCUUGCGAGAACACGCCGCCAGAGCCUUGCAAGAAACUAUAA